GCGAAUAAUGUUGUUGGUAAUCCUGUUAAAUACGUUGUUAGGUUAGUUUCAUAUAAAACAUGCUGCUGUACUUGCUGAGAAUUGGUAUUCAAAAAUUGAUGAGGAAAUCCUCAUGGACAUUCCGGAGAGGACUCUUAUCGACUAAAAUUCAUGUCUUCGGCAACACGAUUGAUAAAUAUAUUAUCCGCAUAAACACAAGAGAUCAACAUCAGAAAAAUUACCAAAGUCGCAUUAUAUAUAAUGUCCCUCAAGACUUCAACGGAACAUUGCGGCUUAUUUUUUUUUUAUUACGUAUCGGCUGUCCGAGUCUUAAAUAUAUGCUAAAAAUUGACGCAUCUUUGACCGAAAACGCGCAUAGUACUAUGCGUGUAUUCCAUCGGUUUUAUGAAAUUAUUGAAUCGUGAGAUAUUUAACAGCUCUAAUUAAUUUCUUCUCCUUGCUUUUAUAUUGAUGGACUAGAUUUUCGAUUUUUCUGCAUCAGAAAGAAACAAAAACAAAAAAAGGAUUAAGACUAAUAAGAGCUCAUUGAUGCAUUCCAUGCAUCAAUUACAUCAUCAAUUACAUGAUUUUGUCCGCUAAUACUAGAAAUUAUAAGAGAGUUUAAUCCCUUGAUGGUGAUGAUCUUUAUUCUUUUUUACUUCAAUGCAAUUGGAAAUCUCCAAAUUGGGAUCUCAGUUAGAGAUUAACAGUUUUCAGUUCAGCGACCGAUAGAUAUAAUGCGCUUUACCAUUUCCCUGGUUGCUACAUGCAGAUGAAAAAACUAUGUAGUUUGUGCAUCCAUGUGAUUUAUAGUUUUAGAGAUAAAGGCAAGGCAGUCUCUCUUUAAUAGACUCCAUUAUGUAAACUCCUAGCGUCGGCUUUUGCCUAAACUCACGCUUUUUUCAACAAAAGUUAUACUGAAAUGAAAUAGAAACGUGUUUUACUAUAUAAUCAAUGGACGUCCAUCUUCUUAUAGUUCAUCUUAUAGUAAUUCAUUUGGGCUGGCGCGAUGUAUAAUUAUCGUCACAAUGAUUAUCUUCUCUUCUUAGAUCUCAUAUUCAGAGAUUUCACUGAUUUAUCAAUAUUUAUUAUUUUCUUCUCUAUCAUUACUUAUAGCAAGCAUAACAAUAGAGAUUUCUUUUUCUUGUUGCGUAAAAUUCAUUCUACCUGCUCACUUUGGACUGGUACAUUUGAAUAACCGGCAAAUUUAUAUAUGUCAGUACAAUAAAUCGCAUUUAUUGGAAGAAUUCGAUCCAGA